UUACACUUCAUUUGAUUAACAACGAAAGUUCCAUUUUACGUAUUUAUUAUUUCUUCUAGUAAAACAUUCACAAGUUUCAGAGAAAUUUUCAUUAGUAACACUAUCAAAGCAUUGUCCAACUUAGUCGCUACGCAUAGACUUGGAAUUACUCGGUGAUUAGUUUAUUCAAAACAGAAUUGCAGUUCAUUCCUUAAAAAAUGGUUAGUCAAUCAUAGUUUGUCUAAACUCUUUAUUUUGCAGCAUCAAGAAGUUUUAGAAGUUAUCAAACGAUCGAUUAUUUAAUACAAAUGGCACACCAUUAUCGUAUAAUAUAAACAUCUACAUUUUAAAAGCAAUAUCUAAAUGUACACAUUUCAAGACUGGAAACAAAAUAAUUAGGUUGUAAGCAACAAAAAUACUAAAGAGGAUGGAAGUAAAUAAAAAAGCAUAACAGACAAGAAAUAAAAACAAACAAAAAGCGUAAAUUAUGAAACAAAACGGCUAACACAGCUAAGAUAUGGUCCGCGUACAGCGGUGACCCACUUGAACUUAUUUGUAAGGUUUUCCUUGUUUAAAAGUCUACAGAAAACACUAAAUUUUCAGAUAUAAUAAAUAUUUUUUUUACACUUUUAAAGUUGUAAUGGACGAUUUAGGAGCAUGAAAUUUAAGAAACUUUAGUACUAUUGAGUAAAAACUUAAUUUUCUUAAAUUAAUUACAAUAACUAACUUUAAUAAUAUAUAAAUUAGACAAAAAUAGCUUCGUCUUUUCGCACUAAAUGGCAAAUGCCAAUCACGUAGGAUUAAUAUAUUUCUUCUUUUGGGGAAAGGGCAAAUUGCAAACAGCAAGCAAACGAUGCACACUUUUGUGUGUAUAUAUACCACACAAUCAUUUCAAGAACCAGCACCAACCAACACUACAGAAAAAAAAACGCAUCAAACAAAAAAAAAACCAUCUCAAAUCUCAGAUCAAACCACCACUAAGGCACUAAGAAUCAAUAUUUUGCAGAGUAUCUAUCAACCAUCAAUGGCGGAUUCAUGGAAGAAGAAAACCAGCAGAGCCGCAAUAAAGCAUAAAGCAUGGAGUCUUGUGAGGAUGGCUCUUCUAUGGGCAAGAAAAGGUGGAGUUUUCAAAAGAUGGCCAUUGCUCGAGCUACGUAACUUGUUCUCCAAGCAUCUCAAAGCCCUAGCUCAUCAUAACAACAGUGGCCGUUAUCUUUCCCGUUACGGAGAACGUGAGCUGUCCUUUGAUGAAACGCCGUUGUUUAACGCCAAGAAAAAGAAGAUACAUCGUCCUACGUCUAUGAGGUUCCUCCUUCCCUGCAUUGCCUCUCCUAUAGAAUUUGAUUAUGAGUUUGGUAUUGACGGUCAAGAUUACUCCGAUGAGGUGAUAUCGUACGGUUACGAUGAGCCUAGUGUGGAAGAGUGUAAUCGUACGGAUAAGGAUGAUGAGGAAGAAGAAGAAGAAGAGAAAGGGGUUGAUGUGAGAGCAGAGGAGUUCAUUGCUAAGUUCUAUGAGCAGAUCAAGUUGCAGAGGCAAAUCUCUUAUAUGAAAUACAGAGAAUAAGCAUAAUUAUUUAUGGAUUUUUUUUUCAAUUUUGAAAGAUAGUGCUUAUUUUUAUUUAUAUGAUUGCAACUUGUUUUUUUUUUUUUGUAGAUAAUUGAAAAUCUGAGAAUUUUCAUAGAUGUUUCACUAUUGAACUUUUUGAUUUGCCUGAAGUUUUCUUCUUUUUUACAUUACCUAAAUUUCAUUUUAGCA